AUUUUUUCCAUUUACAGGAAAGAUUCGCGGAAGUGCACAUUUUGUAAUUUUGAAGAAAAUGAUAAUUCUUGGCGAAGAAAUACCAUUGGUUUUGGUGUUAAUAACCUUUCUUGUCCUGUGGUUCAUUCGUUAUGCCUUCUUCGGAUUCGACUUUUUCUCCAAACAAGGGAUUCCGACUGUUCAACCGAUUUUACCUGUGGUUGGCAACGUGUGGAAGGUCUGGAAACGAGAUAAUAUGCAAAUCGAAGUGGAGCGACUCCGAAUAUACGGCAAACUGUAUGGGAUGUUCGAAGGGAAAAACCCAAUUUACGUGACUUCGGACCCGGAAAUCAUCAAAGCAGUCACCGUCAAAGAGUUCGAUAAUUUCGUGGACAGAAGGGGAAUUCUCUCGAAGACCCAGAAAUACGUGAGAAAAUUUUUGUCGGAUCUUCACGGCCAAGACUGGAAAGACGUUCGCAACGGAGUUUCUCCAGUUUUCUCUUCUGGCAAAAUCAAAUGGAUGUCUAGAUUAAUGGAGGAAUGCUGCGAAAGUCUUGUCAAAGUCACGGCUGAUCGAGCAACCAAAAAUGACGGCCUAGUCGAACUGAGAGAGUUGUAUGGAAUGUACACAUUGGACGUGAUUGCAAGCUGCGCUUUUGGCACAAAAAUUGACGCUUUGGAUGACCCCAAAAAUAUCUUCAUCAUGAAGACCAAGAAGUUCAUUGGCACAGUGCACAUGAAUUCUCCUCUCAUUUUGAUACCACUUCUUUUCCCGUGGAUCGCAAAACUGGGCAUCAAGUUUUUAUCGGAAGAGGACAUUAAAUUUUUUGCGGACGUCGUGACGCGGAUCAUUGCGACUCGUCGAGCAGAAAAACACAAACGAGGAGAUGUUUUGGACGUCAUGAUCGAGGAGAUGGACAAUGAAGCAGCUGCGUUGAGAAAUGAUCCGACAAAAGAGCCCGUUAUGACGGAAGAAGUGGUUGUUGCCCAAAGCAUUAUUUUCUUCUUGGCUGGUUUCGAGACCACGGCAUCAGUGCUUGCCAUGGCUUGCCAUUAUUUGGCACUCGAACCUGAAAUUCAAGACAGACUUGCUAAGGAAAUCAGCGCUUCCAUAACCCGAAACGAGGGAAAAAUCUCCCAUGAAAUGAUCGCUGACUGCGGCUACUUGGACCAGGUUUUGAGCGAAACUCUGCGAAUUGCUGCUCCACCGAUAAGAUUUUCUCCGGAAAACAAAUCCAAAAUCAAACCAUUCACAUACUUGCCAUUUGGAAACGGAGCUCGAAAUUGCAUCGGGAUGAGAUUUGCUCAAGAAGAAGCUAAACUUGCACUUGCGACAAUGGUGCAUAAUUUCAGUUUUUUGAAAUGCCAAAAGACGAACGUUCCCAACAAAGUUGUUCCGCAUCCGUUCGUGGUCAAGCCUGUGGAUUUGUACGUGAAAAUUGUAAGACGAUGUUGAAAGUGACAAAAUAAAAAUUCAAAUUAAAUUUGCAAGCGAGACAAA